AUGGCAUUAGCUGUCAAACAGUUCAAGUUCUGUAGGGAGUUUACCUCACAACCAGCUGAUGCUCAAGAACAACAGGGGGUAAAUAUCACUCUUUUACAAGAUUCAACAGUUUUAUUAUUUGGGUUGAAAGAUCUUCCAGAUACAAACAUUCCUUUAUUAUAUGAUGAAAAUUUCAAUUUGAAAGAAAAUAGAGAUGGUUUUGUUUUAUGUACUGAAGAGUUAGUCGCUAGUGGUGAAUGCUCUAAAAUUGGUGAAUUUAGAAUCAAAAAAACUGCGGAUUUACAACAACCAUUGUUGAAUAUGUUUGGUGAAAAAGGUGAUCAAUUCUUUUAUCCUGUCAAUAACAGUGGUGUCUAUUGUCUUUAUGGACAUCACUCUUCUGAAGAACCUGGUGUUGAAUAUAGGUUUUACAAGCCAUAUGGUAGUUUAACCUCAAGUGACGCAAAAAAAUGGAAAUUCGUCACCUUCGUGGCUAUUCCAUUAGCUAUUAUCCUCCUUUUAGGAUUUGGGGCAAAAUUCCUAUUCACCAAACGUAAAGGUGAUAAGACAAGUCUUGUUUUUGGGAGUGUCGAUGCUGCAUGCGCUUCGAUUGCAUUCAAUGAUGAAGGAUACAACUCACCACAGGGAGUAGGUUUUUUUGGUUUGGUCAGUGACAGGGUGUUCUCUGAAUAUUUCUUGUCCAUCAUGCACUUGUUGGUAUACUCCGUUUUGCUUGAGUUUAGUAAAGGUGGUUAUGGUACGGUGUACGAUCAAAGUGUUAAGCGUACCAGAGCUUAUGGAUACGUUUGUUUAGCCAUUUUAUUUGCUAAUGUCUGGGUGCAAAGUGGAUCAUACGGACUUUAUGAAAAAUUUGAUUUAUUGAUGAAUUUGAUCAAUAAUUUUGGUUAUUAUGUGAUUUGGGGUUUUAUAUUCCAAUAUUCAAAGAUUACAAUCAGUGAAAUCACAAACGAGAGCACAAAAAGAAAAUUCAUCAGAUCAAGAAGAUUGACAAUUUUUACACCUGUGUUUUUGAGCUUGAUUUCAGGCUUUUCAAUGAUAGCUUUAAGCUUUAAUGCUUCACAAAAUUUUGUCAAAGAACAUCCAGAGAUCGAUCCAGUCAAGGAUAUGGACAAAGUGUUCAUUCAUACCAUGGAGAAUUCGAAUUCAAGAUCAAUUAUAUUGGCUGUUUUAGAAAACUUGCCCUCAUUGAGUUUCUUCAUUAUCAUUUUGGGAUACUCUGCAAUUUGGCAAACCACAAAGAACGAUGAAAAGCUAGCUUCAAAAGACAAUACUAUGUCGGAUCCAGAUACUGAGAACCUUCUAGUUGAUUUCAAAGAGAAGGUUUGA